CGGUCUGCAUGAUGAAGUCGAUCAAGAAUUCAGUGAUGUUAAUUGCCGUAUUUGGUGUUUUAAUCCUUUCAAGUCACACUACAUUAGGAGAAAAAACUGAUUCGGUCCAACACCAAGAUACAACACCUUUAACGGAAUUGAACCAAGCAUCGAAGAAACCUUCUCGCAGGAAUACGUACCUCAAAGCAAGGGAGAUGGUAGAAAACGCAAUCACUAAAGCCGAUGCCAUAACUGAUGGCAUUUUCAAAUCGGAAGCCAAUGAAAUAUUGAGUGAUAAUUUCAAAAAUCGAUUAAUUAAUGUAGCUAGCUAUAAUGAAUCUUUUUCGGAGAUACAACAUUGUUUCACGAACCUUGAAAAUGAUCUCGGUAAAACUGUUAACUACGCUCAGCAAGUGUUCACGGGUUGUAAUUCGAAAGGGACAAGCUCGAAUGCCUCUUGCGUCGAGGCCGGUAAAGACAAUCUUAGGAACGGUGUCACCGGGAUCCAUAACGCCAUAGUUCAGUGUAUCCAAACAGAUGAAUCACUGUUACACGAGAGCGGUGCCGAAAAUCCGAAUCCCCAAAAAACCCAGAGCAAGGUAGUGGCUGCCAUUGAAAAAGCGUACCGGAAGUUGGACGCCGUACAAGACCAAAACCUUCAAUCGGCAAUACGUGAGCACUUUACUUCCUAUUUGAAAAAUCCAUUAGUCAGUCAAGCCGGCAACAUUCCCUUCUUCUCUGAGAUUGAACCGUGUCUAACAAAUCUUGAGAACUAUAUCGUCGAAAUGAUCGCUAAAACAGAGGAAGCAUUCAAGAGUUGCGCCGCUGCUGCCGAGAGCUCAAAUUCUGAGAAUAACUGCAUCGAGACGCUCAAGUCCGAAAUGUAUGACAUGGUGUCGCAAAUUUACAGCCCCAUUGCUGGGUGUUUUCAGCAAGUGGAUGAGUGAAAUCUGUGUUUACUGAGAAUAUAAAUAUUUGUAGGUUGCCUUCAAAUGAUUUUAGACUUCUAAUAAAAGCUUUCGAAGCAGGCAAAUUGAGGCAGAAGAAAACAACUGUUUGAAUCAAAGGAGAUAUAAUCAUAUGUAAGGUAGCCAGAUUGCCCGGUUUUAUCCGGGUUUGCCCGGAUAUUCAAUACUAAAUUUAAGAACAGUCCGGCCCGGCCCGGUUGCCCGGAUUUCAUUGAAAAAUGCCCGGUUUUUGCCCGGAUUUAUUCACUUUAUUUGGCAAAUUAAAUAAAUAAAACAACAACAAACACCUCCAAAUCGAAGUUUUUAGGGCAAGUCUCAUAAUAAUAAUCAUGAAAGGAAUUUUGGCAGCCUAAAAUACGGUUCAAAAUAUAUCGAUGAGUUUUAAUGAAA